GCCCUGCCACGCUCUAGGCUCAUCACAUGGUCAGGCCACUGUGCGUCACUGCCCUGCACUCUGCUAGAAAGUACCGGGGCUGGGAUUCCUUUUGGGUGACUGGGUUGGGAGAAGUCGCUCUGAGUACUUGUCGGAGCCGAAAUAAACACAGACUCCGCGGCCGGGCGGGACCUUACCCGGAAGUCUCCCAGAACGCCACUACCCUUCGCUGAAACCUCGCCUGCCCCCUCCAACCCAGAGACGAAAAGGGAAAGCAUCACGGACAGAAACUGUUGGCACAACUCCACAGAUAUUCUCCCGGCCCGAGCCAGACUCCAAAAGCCCCGCGCGUGGCGCCUGGAGGCCGCAAGGGCUGAGGAGAAGCGCAGCGUCGGGGGCGCGGCGGGUGUGGCCCCGCCCCCUAGUAGGGCCCUGCAGCGGCACCUCCCAGAAGGGGCGAAGCCGGCGACGCCUUCUUCCUUCCUGAUCUGCGCGCGCAGCCUGCUGUCGCUGUCCGCGCCUGCUCCUGCUCCUCCGCUCCUCCGCUCCUCCGGCGCGGGGUGCUGAAACAGCCCGGGGAAGUAGAGCGGCCGCCGGGGAGCCCAGCCAGCCGAACGCCGCCGGUGUCCGCAGCCUCUCGCGGCCUCAGCAUGAGUGCGCGCGGCCUGGGCCUCGGCCUCCUCCUGCUGCUACUGUGUCGGGCGCAGGUGUUUUCACAGUCCUGUGUUUGGUAUGGAGAGUGUGGAAUGGCAUAUGGGGACAAGAGGUACAAUUGCGAAUAUUCUGGCCCACCAAAACCACUGCCAAAGGAUGGAUAUGACUUAGUGCAGGAACUCUGUCCAGGAUUCUUCUUUGACAAUGUCAGUCUCUGUUGUGAUGUUCAGCAGCUUCAGACACUGAAAGACAGCCUGCAGCUGCCUCUACAGUUUCUGUCCAGAUGUCCAUCCUGUUUUUAUAACCUACUGAACCUGUUUUGUGAGCUGACAUGUAGCCCUCGACAGAGUCAGUUUUUGAAUGUUACAGCAACUGAAGAUUAUGUUGAUCCUGUUACAAACCAGACGAAAACAAAUGUAAAAGAGUUACAGUACUAUGUUGGACAGAGUUUUGCCAACGCAAUGUACAAUGCCUGCCGGGACGUGGAGGCCCCCUCAAGUAAUGACAAGGCCCUGGGACUUCUGUGCGGGAAGGAUGUUGAUGCCUGUAAUGCCACCAACUGGAUUGAAUACAUGUUCAAUAAGGACAAUGGACAGGCACCUUUUACUAUCACUCCCGUGUUUUCAGAUUUUCCAGUCCAUGGGAUGGAGCCCAUGAAUAAUGCCACCAAAGGCUGUGACGAGUCUGUGGAUGAGGCUACAGCGCCAUGUAGCUGCCAGGACUGCUCUAUUGUCUGUGGCCCCAAGCCUCAGCCCCCACCCCCUCCCGCUCCCUGGAUGAUCCUUGGCUUGGACGCCAUGUAUGUCAUCAUGUGGAUCACCUACAUGGCAUUUUUACUUAUGUUUUUUGGAGCAUUUUUUGCAGUGUGGUGCUACAGAAAGCGGUAUUUUGUCUCCGAGUACACUCCCAUCGAUAGCAAUAUAGCUUUUUCUGUUAACGCGAGUGACAAAGGAACGACUUGGCUCUUAACCUCCACCCUACCUUCCUCCCCCACUCUUCCAGGAGAGGUGUCCUGCUGCGACCCGGUCAGUGCAGCAUUUGAGGGCUGCUUGAGGCAGCUGUUUACACGCUGGGGGUCUUUCUGCGUCCGAAACCCUGGCUGCGUCAUUUUCUUCUCACUGGUCUUCAUUGCUGUGUGUUCUUCAGGCCUGGUGUUUGUCCGGGUCACAACCAAUCCAGUUGACCUCUGGUCAGCCCCUAGCAGCCAGGCACGCCUGGAAAAAGAGUAUUUUGACCAGCACUUUGGGCCUUUCUUCCGGACAGAGCAGCUCAUCAUCCAGGCCCCCCUCACCGACAAACACACUUAUCAGCCGUACCCUUCGGGAGCCGAUGUGCCCUUUGGACCUCCACUUGACAUACAGAUAUUGCACCAGGUUCUUGACUUACAAAUAGCCAUCGAAAACAUUACUGCCUCUUAUAACAAUGAGACUGUGACACUUCAAGACAUCUGCUUGGCCCCUCUCUCACCAUAUAACACGAACUGCACCAUUAUGAGUGUGUUAAAUUACUUCCAGAACAGCCACUCCGUGCUGGACCACAAGAUAGGGGAUGACUUCUUUGUGUACGCUGAUUACCAUACACACUUUCUGUACUGCGUACGGGCUCCGGCCUCUCUGAAUGAUACAAGUUUGCUCCAUGAUCCUUGUCUGGGUACAUUUGGUGGACCAGUGUUCCCCUGGCUUGUGUUGGGAGGCUAUGAUGAUCAAAACUACAAUAACGCCACUGCCCUUGUGAUUACCUUCCCUGUGAGUAACUACUAUAAUGAUACAGAGAAGCUCCAGAGGGCCCAGGCCUGGGAAAAAGAGUUUAUUAAUUUUGUGAAAAACUACAAGAAUUCCAACCUGACCAUUUCCUUCACUGCUGAACGAAGUAUUGAAGAUGAACUAAAUCGUGAAAGUAACAGUGAUAUCUUCACUGUCAUAAUUAGCUAUGCCAUCAUGUUUCUAUAUAUUUCCCUAGCCUUGGGGCACAUCAAAAGCUGUCGAAGGCUUCUGGUGGAUUCGAAGGUCUCACUAGGCAUUGCAGGCAUCCUGAUCGUGCUGAGCUCAGUGUCUUGCUCCUUGGGUGUCUUCAGCUACAUUGGGUUCCCCUUGACCCUCAUUGUGAUUGAAGUCAUCCCGUUCCUGGUACUGGCUGUUGGAGUGGACAACAUCUUCAUUUUGGUGCAGGCCUACCAGAGAGAUGAACGUCUUCAAGGGGAAACCCUGGAUCAGCAGCUGGGCAGGGUCCUAGGAGAAGUGGCUCCCAGUAUGUUCCUGUCAUCCUUUUCUGAGACUGUAGCAUUUUUCUUAGGAGCACUGUCCGUGAUGCCAGCUGUACACACAUUCUCUCUGUUUGCGGGAUUGGCAGUCUUCAUUGACUUUCUUCUGCAGAUUACCUGUUUCGUGAGUCUCUUGGGAUUAGACAUUAAACGUCAAGAGAAAAAUCGGCUAGACAUCUUUUGCUGCAUCAAAGGUGUUGAAGAUGGAACAAGUGUCCAGGCCUCAGAGAGCUGUUUGUUUCGCUUCUUCAAAAACUCCUAUGCUCCACUUCUGCUAAAGGACUGGAUGAGACCAAUUGUGGUAGCAGUAUUUGUGGGUGUUCUGUCAUUCAGCAUUGCAGUCCUGAACAAAGUAGAUAUUGGAUUGGAUCAGUCUCUUUCAAUGCCAGAUGACUCCUAUGUGGUGGAUUAUUUCAAAUCCAUCAGUCAGUACCUGCAUGCGGGUCCGCCUGUGUACUUUGUCCUGGAGGAAGGGCACGACUACACUUCUCCAAAGGGGCAGAACAUGGUGUGCGGCGGCAUGGGCUGCAACAACGAUUCCCUGGUGCAGCAGAUAUUUAACGCGGCACAGCUGGACAACUAUACCCGAAUAGGCUUCGCCCCCUCAUCCUGGAUUGACGAUUAUUUCGACUGGGUGAAGCCGCAGUCAUCUUGCUGUCGAGUGGACAAUAUCACUGACCAGUUCUGCAAUGCUUCAGUGGUCGACCCUGCCUGCAUCCGCUGCAGGCCUCUGACUGCAGAGGGCAAACAGCGGCCUCAGGGUAGAGACUUCAUGAAAUUCCUGCCCAUGUUCCUUUCGGAUAAUCCUAACCCCAAGUGUGGCAAAGGAGGACAUGCUGCCUAUAGUUCUGCAGUUAACAUCCUCAGCAAUGGCACCGGGGUUGGAGCCACAUACUUCAUGACCUACCACACUGUGCUGCAGACCUCUGCUGACUUUAUUGACGCUCUGAAGAAAGCACGACUUAUAGCCAGUAACAUCACUGAAACCAUGGGCAUUAACGGCAGUGCUUACCGGGUGUUUCCCUACAGUGUGUUUUAUGUCUUCUACGAACAGUACCUGACCAUCAUUGACGAUACUGUCUUCAACCUCGGUGCGUCCCUGGGCGCCAUAUUUCUGGUAACCAUGGUCCUCCUGGGCUGCGAGCUGUGGUCGGCUGUCAUCAUGUGCACCACCAUCGCCAUGGUCUUGGUCAACAUGUUUGGAGUUAUGUGGCUCUGGGGCAUCAGUCUGAAUGCUGUGUCCUUGGUCAACCUGGUGAUGAGCUGUGGCAUCUCCGUGGAGUUUUGCAGCCACAUAACCAGAGCGUUCACGGUGAGCACGAAGGGCAGCCGUGUGGACCGCGCAGAAGAGGCACUCGCCCACAUGGGCAGCUCCGUAUUCAGUGGAAUCACACUUACAAAAUUUGGAGGGAUUGUGGUGUUGGCUUUUGCCAAAUCUCAAAUUUUCCAGAUAUUCUACUUCAGGAUGUACUUGGCUAUGGUGUUACUGGGAGCCACACACGGAUUAAUAUUUCUCCCUGUCUUACUCAGUUACAUAGGGCCAUCAGUAAAUAAAGCCAAAAGUCAUGCCACUGAAGAGCGAUUCAAAGGAACAGAGCGCGAACGGCUUCUAAACUUCUAGCCCUCUCACAGGGCAUGCAGACUGAACUGUAUCUAAGGGUUGGUCGGUGUACCACUGGACGGGCGCUGCAUCGGUAAGGCCAAGUUGAACAUGGGAUGGCACCAAUCACCAGGCUAUUUAGCAGCAGCUUUGAACAUAGCGCCUGUGAACUCAGGAAUACACAGUUGACAUGGAAAGCAGUAUUACUAAAUCAUCUGGAGGCAACCACAGGACACUAAACUUCUCCCCGCUUCUUCAAGAAAGAAACCUCAUUCUUUAGCAAGCAGGAGGUGACACUAGAUGGCUGUGAAUGUGAUCUGCUCACUGACACUUUGUAAAGGCCAAUCAAUGCACUGUCUCUCCUUUUAGGAGCAAGCCAUCCCACAAGUUCUAUACCACAUUUUCAGCGAACUUUGAGGUUGUAGAUACACUUUAUUAUAACAUUUUAUAGUUUAAAGAGCUUUAUUAAUGCAAUAAAUUAACUUUGUACACAUUUUUAUAUAUCUAAAAAAAAAAAAAACCAAGUGAUUUCAGAAUGUUGUAGGCCUCAUUAGAGCUUGGUCUCCAAAAAUCUGUUUGAAAAAAGCAACAUGUUCUUCACAGUGUUCCCCUAAAAAGGAAGAGAUUUAAUCGCCAGUUAGAUGUGGCACGAAACAAGGGAAAAAUAAAGUAGGUGUGUCUACUGGGUUUUAACUUAUUUUUCUUUAAUAAAAUACAUUCGUUUCCUAA